GUUUGGAGCUAUGACUCACCAAAUAAGGAGCGACAACACCAUAAAAGGAAAUGUACGGCUGUAUAUGGCGGAAAGUAGAUCUCGAAAGAACGUUUCCCAAGAUAUAAUUCAUGCGUGCUAAAUGUGUUGCUCUUGUACAUCUAAAAUGUAUUUUCAAAGGGAGACUAUUUGCAGAUGUUAAUAGCAUAAAUAAUCUAUUUUGGAAGAGAGACUGGGAAUGGUCAAGCGUUUUCGUUGUGAACUAUAUGGGAUCGCGGAGUAAUACCAAUGGGUGUAAAUCGAAAUGUCCUUAUGUGGAGAAGAGUAGGGGGUUGGGUUUGAUUGAUUAGUUGUAGGCGGAAACAACUUCUAACUACAACUUUGCACAGUUAUGGUAAAUUAUAUGCCAUGGACAAUUUCUUUCGUUUACACUAAUCUGUGCUAAUUCAUUUGACCGUGUUGCCUAAAGCUCACAGAGAACACGCAACAGCACUAUAUGGCUAGCAAGCUAGGCUUUACUUGUUGAUAAAGUCGCUAGCUAAAUGCCAUUUAACUAGCUAGCUAUCUCUCGGUUAGUUUGAUUUCACGGCAAUUUGCAGCAACAAAUUGAGGAAUGAACAGUUUUUGAAUAAUUGCUGUUCGAUCACAACAUCGCUCAUUUACGCAUAAACCCAGUGGGUCCAUCGACCGCGCGAGAGGUUUGAAGGCCUGGGGGACAGGUUCGGAAUGUUGGGGGGAAACGGGGCAGGAUUAGGUACAAGAGCAGGGGGCGCACGACCUGGAAAUGGGACUGGGUUGACCGCUUUGCAAGUUAAUAACCCAGGAACGAACAUGAGUGGUGCCGAAGGUGGAAGGUUUGACGAUCGAAUCAGAGAAUACUCAGCCGAGGUGGUGUACAGCGGCUCUGAACCAGAGUCCGACUCCGGGGAUGAUGAUGAUACCAUGGGUUCAGCCGGGGACCGAAGAGGGGUGAAACGAGAGAGAGCUGAGAUGGAAGUCGCUGCAUCGACGACGUCUAUGGGGCAACCCCCGGGAGGUUAUGGUGGUGUCACGGGAGGUGCAACAGGGGCAAAGCCAGGCAAGAAAACCCGCGGACGAGUCAAGAUCAAAAUGGAAUUUAUAGACAACAAACUUCGGCGGUACACAACUUUUAGCAAGAGGAAGACUGGCAUUAUGAAGAAGGCCUACGAGCUCUCCACUCUUACGGGCACCCAGGUCCUCCUCCUGGUGGCCAGCGAGACGGGCCACGUCUACACGUUUGCCACGCGCAAGCUCCAGCCCAUGAUUACCAGUGAGACGGGCAAGGCGCUCAUCCAGACGUGCCUCAACUCGCCCGAUUCGCCGCCCCGCAACGACCCGUCCACCGACCAGCGCAUGAGCGCCACAGGCUUCGAGGAGACGGACCUCACCUACCAGGUGUCGGAGGGUGACGGCUGCGCGGAGCCCACCAAGGACAUGAUGAAGCCGACGUUCACCAUGGGCAAUCUGCCUGCCGGUGUCAACACCCAACCCACGUCGACCUCCUCAUCCUCCACUUCCUCCUCCUCUGUGGCCAUGCACUUGCAGAACAGCAUCCCUGCGACCUGCUGGCAGGUCUCGGCGGGCAUCAAUACUCACAGUGCCACCAGCAGUGCCAACGGCACGGUGCUGAAGACCUCGGCCACGUCAACGAGCGUCAUGCUACCCGGAGGGUUCACCCUCAUGUCCGGCGCAACGCUUCCCCCUGGCACGCACACCAUUCCUCUCAGUCACCUGCAAGCCCUCCAGGGCCCCUUGGCCCAGACCAGCAUCACCACCGCUACUGCAGGGCACACACAGCAGGGCCAGCAGACCACCCUGCUCCGCCUACCUGCAACUGUCUCGCUCACAGGUGGAGGGAUGGGCCAGCAGCUGCAGGCCAUUCAGGUUCACCCCAGCAGUCAGCAGAGCUCUGUGAGCCACAGUGACCUCUCCCACAUCACAAGCAGCUCCACAGUGAGCCUCCCCACCACCAUCGUCACGUCCUCGGUGCCCUCAUCGAUGGGUGGUCACAUGAUGUACCCCGGCGCCCACACUGUCAUGUACGCCACACCUACGACCUCGUUGGGCGAUGGCAGUCUGACCGUGCUCAACACCUUCCCACAGACAGCCCAUACACAGUCCCAUGACCCCGGUGCUGUAUCGCAGGUGUUCCUCACAGGACAUCCUGGGACAGUUCAGAUCCCUGUGUCGGCAGUGCAGCUCCACCCGAUGCUGAUUGGUCAGCAGUCAAGCAGCAGCAACCUCACAGAGCUUCAAGUGGUCAACCUGGACGCCCAUCACUCAAAGGAUGAUUGACCCGCCCACAUAUAGACUGCUUUACCAAGACACACAUUUGAAUGCACACACGCCAGGGGAUCACUGACGCCUUGCCAACAGACUGCCACCCCCUAUUUAUUACUGCCUUUUCACCGCAAUCAUUUUGUUUUUUAAAAAUAAACCUUGUAAGAAUAUGCACACACUUACAAUGAUUUUACAGAAAAUUGAGGUGUGGUGCUGCCAUUUUACUUUGUA